GUGUUUUUUAAGGCGGGUCUGUUGGGUCUUUUGGAGGACAUGAGGGACACCCGUCUGUCUGAGAUCCUCACAAUUGUUCAGGCCAUGGCCAGAGGGAAGCUGAUGAGGAUGGCUCGAGAAUUGAUGAUGAUUCAAAGGGAUGCUGUACUGGUGAUCCAGUUCAACCUCAGAGCGUUCUUCUCUGUGAGGACUUGGCCUUGGAUGAUGUUGUUCUACAAGCUGCGUCCGAUGCUCAGGAGCGCCCAGGUGGAGAAAGAACUGGCUGCCCUUAAAGAAGCGUACAACAAGUUAAAAGAGGCCUUCGACAGGUCAGAGAUAAAGCGAGUGGAGGCGGAGGAGCGUCAGGUGAUUUUGGUUCUGGAGAAAGACGACCUGUCUCUGCAGCUCCAAGCGGAGCAGGACAGCCUGUCAGAUUCAGAAGACCGCUGCAACCAGCUGAUUCAGUCCAAAAUCUCUCUGGAGUCGAAGCUGAAGGAAGCGCAGGAACGUCUGGAGGAUGAGGAGGAGAUGACGGCCACGCUGACGUCCAAGAAACGUCAGCUGGAGGAGGAGGUGAUAUCCCUGAAGAAAGACGUGGACGACCUGGAGAUGACUCUGGCUAAAGUGGAGAAAGAGAGACAUGGACUGGAGAACAAAGUGAAGAACCUGUCCAAUGAGAUGUGUGUUCUGGAUGAAUCCAUAUCGUCUCUGACCAGAGAGAAAGUGGCCCUGCAGGAAGCUCACCAGCAGGCUCUGACUGACCUUCAGGCCCAGGAGGACAAGGUCAACAUGCUGGUCAAGGCCAAAGCUCGGCUGGAGCAACAAGUGGACAAUGUAGAAAGUUCCUUGGAGCUUGAGAAGAAGGUGCGGAUUGAUCUGGAACGAUCCAAACGGAAGCUGGAGGGGGAUCUGAAGCUUUCUAUUGACUCAGUGAAGAACAUGGAGAAUCAGAAGGAAGAGAUGGAGGAGAAAAUGAAAAAAAAAGACUUUGAAACGGUUCAGAUUCAAUCCAAACUGGAGGAUGAACAGAGUUUGAGUGCUGCUUAUCAGAAGAAGAUCAAAGAGCUGCAGACUCGUAUCGAGGAGCUGGAGGAGACGCUGGAUGCAGAGCGGGUGUGGCGCACCAAAGCUGAACGUCAGAGGAACGACAUCUCCAUAGAACUGGAGGAACUGGGAGAGAGACUGGAGGAGGCCGGAGGAGCCUCUGCUGCUCAGAUCGCUCUCAACAGGAAGAGGGAGGCCGACUUCCUGAAGAUGCGGCGGGAGCUCGAGGAGGCGGGGCUUCACCACGAGGUGACGGCCGCCACUCUGAGGAAGAAGCACUCGGACGCGGUGACGGAGCUCAGCGAGCAGAUCGACAAUCUGCAGAGAACCAAACAGAAACUGGAGAAGGAGAAGAUGGAGUACAGGCUGGAGGCCGAUGACCUGGCUGCCAACGUGGAGCAUCUGUCCAGGAACAAGACUGCUGCUGAGAAGAUGUGCAAGGUUUAUGAGGACCAGCUGAACGAAAGCAGGAGCCGAGCGGAGGAGCUGCAGAGACAACUGACCGACGUUUCUACUCAGAAAGCGAGAGCCGUUACAGAGAAUGCCGAGUACAGCCGUCGUCUUGAGGAGCGGGAAGCUAUGAUUAGUCAGCUCCAGCGCUCCAAGGCGGGGGCGUGCCAAAACGCUGAAGACCUAAAGAGGCAGCUGGAGGAGCAGAGCAAAGCCCGUGUGUCGCUGGCCCACGCAGUGCAGACGUCCCACCACGACAGCAGUCUGCUAAGGGAGCAGCUGGAGGAGGAACAGGAGGCGAAGGCUGAGCUGCAAAGGGAGCUGUCCAAAGCCAACGGGCAGGUGGUUCAGUGGAGAGCCAAGUACGAGACGGACGCCGUGAUGAGGAUAGAAGAGCUGGAGGACGCCAAGAAGAAGUUGGUCGUCAAACUGCAGAACACGGAGGAAGCUGUGGAAUCAUCUCAUGCCAAAUGUUCCUCACUGGAGAAAAGCAAGUUGAGUCUGCAGACAGAGAUCGAAGACCUGGUGGUUGAACUGGAACGAACCAACUCUGCUGCUCUGGCUCUGGACAAGAAGCAACGCAACUUCGACAAGUUGUUGGGUGACUGGAAGCUGAAGUUUGAUGAGAGUCAGACGGACCUGGAGGCGUCGCAGAAAGAGUCGCGCAGUCUGAGCACCGAGCUCUUCAAACUGAAGAACUGCUACGAAGAAGCUCUGGACCAUCUGGAGACGGUCAAGAGAGAAAACAAGAACCUGCAAGAGGAGAUAUACGACCUGACGGAGCAGAUCAGUCAGGGAGUGAAGGCCAUCUUUGAGCUGGAGAGGAUGAAGAAGAUCCUGGAUAUGGAGAAGAGUGGUAUCAAAACUGCUCUGGAGGAAGCAGAGGGAACUCUGGAGCACGAGGAGAGUAAGACACUGAGAUUCCAGAUGGAGCUGCAGCAGAUCAGAAGCGACAUUGAGCGCAAGAUUGCAGAGAAAGAUGAAGAGAUCGACAACCUCAGGCGGGGUAACCAGCGCGCUCUGGAGACCCUGCAGGCCAGCUACGAGGCGGAGGUUCGCAACCGCAGCGAGGCAGUGCGUCUGAGGAAGAAGAUGGAGUCUGACAUGAACGAGAUGGAAGUUCAGCUGGGAAACGCUAACAGACAGGCGGCCGAGAGCCAGAGGAUCAUCAGACACCUGCAGACACAG